UUUUAUCAAUUGUUCAAAUCAUUUUUAUUUUAUUUUUUUUCUUUCCACUAAGGAGAGACUCUUGUAUUUUAAAUGCUUCAAUUUCAACUUGUUCGUUUGUCGACAAAGGCUCCCAUUGGUACUAAACCUUUAGCUAUUCUACGCUCGAAUCAUGCAACACAUUUCCGUCUCUUCCAUACAGCGAAGAGACUGAAUUUUGAUCGAAAGCCUUUGUUCGAAAAGAUCUUGAUCGCCAACAGAGGUGAAAUUGCUCUUCGAGUAAUGCGUACUGCAAAAGACCUCGGUAUCAAAACUGUAGCCGUUUAUAGUGAAGCAGAUGUAAACGCUCAACAUGUCAAAAUGGCUGAUGAGGCUUUUCUUAUUGGUCCCGCACCGUCAGCUGAAAGUUACUUGUGUAUAGAUAAAAUCAUCGACGCAGCUAAAAUAACAGGCGCACAAGCCAUCCACCCUGGUUAUGGUUUUCUCUCUGAAAAUGCUGACUUUGCCGAUACGGUCAAAGCAUCCAAUAUUGAAUUUAUUGGUCCUUCAGGUGACGCCAUGCGUGCUAUGGGCUCUAAAAGUGAAUCAAAAUAUAUCAUGCAGGAUGCUGGUGUGCCUGUCGUCCCAGGUUACCAUGGUGAAAAUCAAGAUCCUAAAUUCUUGAAGGAGCAAGCUGCUAAAAUCGGUUAUCCAGUGUUGAUAAAAGCCAUCAAAGGGGGCGGUGGUAAAGGCAUGCGUAUCGUCCAGCAUCCCGACGAUUUUGAAGAAAUGUUGGCUUCAUCCAAGCGAGAAUCCCUCAAGCACUUUGCUGAUGAUAAAGUGUUGGUUGAAAAAUACUUGGAGCGCCCUCGACAUGUGGAAGUCCAGGUCUUUGCUGAUAAACACGGUAAUUAUGUCCAUUUAUUCGAGCGAGAUUGCUCUGUACAGAGACGACAUCAAAAGGUAAUCGAAGAAGCGCCUGCACCAGGUCUUUCUCAGGAACUGCGUAUGGAAUUGGGUGCAAAAGCAGUGGCAGCCGCACGUGCUGUCAAUUAUGUAAAUGCUGGUACAGUUGAGUUUAUUAUGGAUAACGUGGAUAAGCAAUUUUACUUUAUGGAAAUGAAUACGAGAUUGCAGGUGGAACAUCCGGUGACUGAAAUGGUAACGAAUACUGAUUUGGUCCGUUGGCAGUUGGAAGUGGCAGCAGGAAAUCCUUUGCCUAUGAGACAAGAGGAUUUGAAGUUAUCAGGGCAUGCCUUUGAAGCCCGUGUUUACGCUGAAAACCCCUCCAAUCACUUCCUUCCUGAUACAGGACCCUUAUUCAACGUUCGUACUCCAACCCCUAGCCCCAAUUUGCGUUUAGAAACAGGCUUUAUUCAAGGUGACGACAUUAGCGUCUACUAUGACCCUAUGAUUUCCAAGCUGGUUGUACAUGGCGAAGACCGCCAAGAUGCUUUGCGUCGGUUCCGCCGUGCUCUUGAACAAUAUCAGAUUGUGGGUUUGAACACCAAUAUUGGGUUCAUCAAAACUGUAGCAGAGCAUCCUGAGUUCAUCAAAGGAGAGGUGGAAACAGGCUUUAUCCAACAAUACGAAAAAGACCUAUUCCGUACGAAAGGUGGUGGAAAAUUUGAACCUGAUCCAAGCACUUUAGCAUUAGCAGCGAGUGCGCUUCGGUUAAAGGAAAUAGAAUCGGUUCGAAAAAGUCUUCAAGAUCCCUAUAAUCCUUGGGCGACUCGUUCGGAUAGUUUCCGCAUCAACAACUUAAAUCAUAAAGAAUAUACUGUGACGACUAAGGAAGAUGACCAUCCUCAGCCCUAUAAAGUCGUUGUGUCCACUCACCCUGAAAAUGAUAGCUUGAUCGACAUGGACGUGAUGAACGGCGAAACAGGCGAAACGCUCAAAAGUUAUAAAGCAGUCAAGACUUAUAUUGAUCAAGAAGAUGGCUUACUGGUGUCGUCUUUGGAUAACAAAAAACUCAAGAGUAAUGUUGUGUUGCACAACGACGAAGUAGUUGUAUUCGAUGAGUUUGGUCGUACUACAUUAAAAUUACCUACACCAAAAUAUCUUGAAGGUCUGAGAAAUAGCCAAGGUACUGCAGGUGCUGCGGGAUCUAUCAAAACUCCCAUGCCUUGUAAGAUUUCGCAAAUUUUAGUUCAACCAGGCCAACAUAUCAAAAAGGGGGAUACUUUGAUUGUUCUAGAAGCGAUGAAAAUGGAGCACGUUAUUAAAGCACCCAUGGCCGGAAAAGUCGAUCAAGUUUUAUAUGCUGUAGGUGACUUGGUAGCAGAGAAUAAGAGCCUUUUGACUUUUGCAGAUAAAGAAGAACCAAAAGCCCCACACUAAGAAAAAGGGAUCGAUCUGUCGCUAAGUACAUUGGCUGUUUGAUUUUUAAUGAUGAUAUAGAGAUAAAGAUGGUUAAAGCUUCCAGUCACGUAUUUGCGCACAUACUUGUCUAAAUGAAUGUCCAUUACACAAUUGCACUAGACCUUUUUAAGGACAGAGGAGAGUGGGGGGGGUGUUGUAUCAGGCACACAACAGUUUCAUUCUUUCUUUUUUCUUUUUAAAAGGAUAAAUAAAGACUCC